AUGGCCCCCGCAGCCACUUCCUUUACCGCUGCUGACCAUGUCCUCGAGGGUCGAUGCCCUACGCUAACCUUGGUCAACACGAUUGGAGUAGUCGUAGAUUUCAGAGCUCCAAUUCCAACGAGGCGAGAGGAUUUCAAAGCCCAGAUCCGUUUUUACGACGAAUCUACCCAGGAUGACGACCUCAAGUCAUUAACACUGAAUCUCUUUGGUAAUCCCAAAGACAUGCCAGUACCCUCUUGUGGCGAUGUUGUCGUCAUUCUUGGCGCAAAGGUCCAAUCAUACCAAUCCGAAUUUUCUCUGAUGACGAAUCGGAACACUGACAUCUAUAUAUUUGCGGCUUCGGGUAUUCCAAAACCUCCGCAAGACGCACAAGAUGCCUUGCAACCACUUGUCAAGAAAGCAAGCAAGGUUCUUACAAAGACUGACCUUGCCUUUGUAUCAACCUUCUACCAUCGACUCGAUAAGAGAAGGGUACCAGCAGCCGCUGAAUACCACUCCAAGAUGGAAAUGUCCAUGAAUAUCAAAGAAAAAUUCAGCCUCCUCAAAGACGUAGCAAGCGAUCGCUUCGUCAACGUCAUUGUUGAAGUAGUCAAAAAGCCGUACGACUUGGGGGAUAGGUUCACUCUGUGGAUAUCCGACUACACGGAGCACCCAAAUUUCUUCAACUUUGCUAUACAAAGCCUCGGAUCUCAUGCGCCCUCUGACCCAUACAAUUACGGCGUUUGCUCCAGCACUACAGACGCUGACUGGAGCGGCCCGUACGGCAAGCACAGCAUGCAGAUUACAUGCUGGCAGCCGCACGCAGAGGCAAUCAGGGCCAACGACAUAUCUGUUGGCUCCUGGGUUUCUAUUCGGAAUCUGCAAAUCAAGUUCGGCCGUAACAGCAGCAACCUGGAGGGCUUUCUCCGCGGAGACCAGCUGUAUCCAAACAAAAUUUAUAUCUCGGUGCUCGAUCCCCACGAAGAUGGCGAUUCCAUGGAUUCCCGAUUGAAGGAGACAAUUCGCCGACGCCGAGACUAUAAUCUGGAGAAGAAGAAGCAACUCAAGUCAUUGAAAGACGCUGCGAAUGCUGGUCAGAAACGACGUGCAGCGCUGCAAGAUGAUUCAAAACCUCGUAAAAAAAACGCGAAAGAAAGACGGGCUGAGAAACGGCAGGCUGCUGGGAAUGCUGCAGUGCUUAAACCUAGCUCGAAGAACGGCCAACCCCUCAUACCUGAACCGGUUGUUCCCGGAAUCAAAUUCAACCCUACCAUCAAGUGUGAAAAUGAGAAGCAACCACUCAGCACCGUACCAGAGCUGCUAGAACAAAUCUACGUUGACACUGUGAUCGGCAAGGACGCUGCCAAAUUGCCGCUUCCCUUUAUCAACGCCAAUUACCGUGCGAGUGUCCGCGUCAAGGACUAUCUCCCUCACAAACUCGAAGGUUUUGCAUAUCCAAAACUCAAAGGCAACAUAAACGAUUGUCUGUCUGACGAAGAACACGAGCCGUCAGACGACGAGGAUGCUAACGAAAUGGUUCGAUUCGUCUCACGCGAAAAGAUUGCUGGAUGGGAGUGGCGCUUCUAUCUGCUCCUAGAGGACGUCCGAGAUUCGGAGACGGAACCCAAGGACCAUGUCUGGGUCACCGUCGACAACCACGCCGCGCAGUGUCUGUUGAGCAUGGAUGCAUGCGAUCUCCGCAACAGCAAGGACACGCUGUCGAAGCUACGUCAGAAGCUGUUUUACCUCUGGGGCGACCUGGAAGAACGCAAGUCGCAGAAGCUGCUGCGCAUAGAAAAGGCGGAGAAGCAGGCCCGCGCCCAUGCCGCGCCAGCGCACAGCGACGAUGAAGAAGUCAGCGCGGCCGUGGAGCCGACUAAUAUCCCAUUCACGUGCUGCAUCAAGCAGUACGGUGUUAAACUGCGGGAAGCAGACGAGGGCAAAGCCGACGCGGGCGAAGGCAAGCGCUGGCAGCGCAUGUACGGUCUGUUUGGGACGCAAAUUUCCCUAAUUACUCAUCGAACUUCACAAAAUUCCAAGAUUCCAAGCAUCCCUCUGUCAGAUGGUGUAUAA